CAGUGCUAUGGCAGGUAUUUCUAUAUAUAUAUAUAUAUUCAACAUUGUUCUAUGUAUUCAGAUGUAAUGGUAAACAUGCAUAAUCUAACAGAACAUCAGUAGUUUUGGGAAGUGCCUCUUAUCUCAGAAUCUGCUGACAUGGUGUCUAGCGUCUUUCCAGCGUACCAGUGAUAGGAUCACAUGCAAACACAGCAUUUACUACUUGAGAAUUUACUGUUUUAAAAAACUGCAAUUAGGAUCUCAGCACCACAAUCAAAUUGUAAUCCCAGUUACAAAACAACAUUCUCAUGCAGGAUGCAUGUGGACAAAACUCUAAUUGCAAUAUCACUGAUUGAAAUAAAAUGAUUGUAUUUGAAUGCCUAUAUAUGCACACACAUCCGCUGGACUCAUCUUCAGAGCAUGUGACAGGUCUUGUUAUCUGCUUCAGAUAACUCUCAUAGACAAGGGGCUCCUGGAACACACAGUCCACUUGCAGUUUCACACGCUUCAUCAGGAAUUACAGUUAACACGUGUUUAUCUGUAUCUACUUAGUUACUUGGACUUUGUUAACUUAUCAGCCCGUCUUACUUUUUUUCGGUUUUGAAAAUGAGAUUAAUGAUUUGGAUCCUCACCUUCCUGCCACUUGUCCGUAAGUAUUUAAUUGAUACUAUAUACUAUAGAACAAACGAUCCUCAAAGGAAAUGCAGACACACAGUGGCCCUAUAAUGGCAAUAUUAGAGAUCUCUACAAUGGGUAGCUCAAGAUCUUCAGCAGCAAUGCAGACAGACAGUGACACAGUAUGCAUUUAGAUGUUUCUCUGUCUAACAGUAUCAUAAUGGUAUUGACCAAUCCAUUUCAGGAUCACUGUGUAUAUAUUUAUUCAAAAUCCAUUGUAUUGUCUUUGCUGGUAGAGCUGUGGGUCUGCUAAUGAUUCUGUUUGGAUUCCUUCAAGGUAACAUGUUGGGAUUAUUAUGGGAUGCAUUAAGGUUACCAGUAUAUACUGAGCUCAGAUGUAUAAUAUAGUGUAAAAGUAAAGGACUUAUUAUGGGUAUUGAAUGGCAUAUAUCAGCAUUUUGAUUCUCAGCAUAAGGUUUCAGUAUAGCAGUUAAAUAUUGUGCUAAUGCGUUCUGUUUUUCAGAAGGCAGGUGGGAUAUCAGACUGGUCAAUGGGAGUCACAGCUGCUCUGGCAGACUUGAGGUUUAUAAUGAAGACCAAUGGGGCACAAUGUGCUAUGUGCUCAUUGAAAUUGCCCAGCUUGUGUGCAGAGAUCUGGGCUGUGGCUAUGCUGCAUCUGCUCCACAGGCUUCACUCUUUGGAGAGGGGACUGGUCCUGUCUGGAAACCCAGUGUAGAAUGUGUUCCAGGAAGAUCACAGAUGCAUUGCACGAUAAUCCCUAUGCAAACAACAAGCUGUAAUCACAGUGAAGAUGCUGGGGUCAUUUGUUCAGAUAUUCUAAACAUCAGACUGGCCAACGGAGCGAACAACUGCUCUGGGAGAGUUGAGUUCUAUUACAAGGAUCAGUGGGAGGCGGGGUGUGGGGAUUACUGGGACAUGCGUCACGCUCAGGUUGUGUGCAGAGAGCUGGGCUGUGGCUACGCUGUGUCUGCUCCAGUUGGAGCACACUUUGGGAACAGGACUGCCCCCUACUGGAGAAAAGGUUUUCAUUGUUCAGGAGAAGAACAAUCUCUGAUCAGCUGCUCUGUAAACGAUUUGACAACUUGUCAUAAGGAUGCCAGUGUCAUUUGUUCAGAACUUGGCUUUGAUAUCAGACUGAUCAAUGGGAGUAAUAACUGCUCUGGGAGAGUUGAGCUAUAUUUUGAAGGUCAGAGAAGGAGAAUGUGUAACAAUGGAUGGGAUAAUGCCACCGCUCAUGUGGUCUGCAAACAGCUGGGUUGUGGCUACGCUAUAUCUCCUCAAGAGGGCGCACUCUUUGGAGAAGGGACAGACCCCUCCUGGCUGUUGGGAGUAAGCUGUACAGGAAGAGAGUCCUCUCUAGAGAGGUGCCUUUCAGGACAGAACGGAAUACAGGAAUGCACAGAUGGAUCUGCGGUCAGUGUAAUUUGUUCAGGUGCUGCCGUUCCUGUCAGACUGGUCAAUGGAAACAACAGCUGCUCUGGGAGAGUUGAGUUCAAUUCCAUUGGCGUGUGGAAGGCAGUGUGUGGUAGUGACUGGGACAUGAACGAUGCGGAGGUUGUGUGCAGAGAGCUGGGCUGUGGCCCUGCUGUGUCUGCUCUAAGAGGAUCCCACUUUGGACAGGGGCAAGGAUCUGUCUGGCAGUAUAGAAUGGAAUGUACUGGAAGAGAAUCAUCACUGGAGAGAUGUGAUUCACAUAAACUUGUAGGAUCAUUCUGCAGCCAGAAGUAUAGUGCAGGGGCUGUGUGUUCAGGAAAUGCCUCCCAACAGCACCCUACCACCACCACUCCCACAGGCAAGUGGGGCUGUUAUAUUCAAAUCUAUAGAAUAAUGGUGAUGGGUAAAACUGAAAGAACAAACUGA